UCACCACUGCAGACAAGUGGACUGUGAAGCGUCGUGGGCCGCAGUCGGCCCCUUGGUGGUGAGUCGUGCACGCCAGCUCCUCCCUCGUCUUCAUCGUCACUUCCCUCGCACUCCACGGCGAUGGCGAGUCUCACAAUUGUUGUCGUCGCAGCCUUGAGCGGACUUGCCGUUGGUCAGGCGCCAGAACGCGACCAGACCAUUCCGGAUUGUGUUGGAAAGGUUGCUGAUGUCUUCUUUGUGCUGGACUCGUCGACGUCUAUCUACGUGGAUGACUAUCGACAGGAACUGCAGUUCACACGCGAUGUCAUCUCCCGGUUUGACAUCAGCCGCGACACCACUCGCGUCGGCGCCCUGUCGUUCAGUGACGACUUCCAGGUGGGGUUCGACCUCGACCGGGUACGAAAUAAGGCCACGACCCUGUCUGCAGUGGACGAACGGACCCUUCCGUACCGCACAGGUGUCACCAACACCGACUUGGCUCUGCGGUACGUCAGAACCAACGUGAACGUCAGGCCAGACAUCACCAAAGUCAUCAUCGUCAUCACUGAUGGAGUGUCCAGGUCGCCAGGAGCCACUGCACAAGAAGCGGAGGAGGCCAAGGAUGCUGGGUUCUAUGGUGUGGUGGGGGCUGGUCAGUACCUGGAUGAAAACGAGUGGCGUGUCAUUGCCAGCGACCCAGACAGCGAGUUCAUCUUCAACAUCACAAACUUCAGCAACCUGCAGACCCUGCGGGACUCCCUGCCCAGGAGACUGUGCCGCCUGCCUCCUCUCAUCGUCCGCACCGAGUGUGUGGUUGACUCUGAAGCAGACCUCUUGUUCCUGGCGGCACCUAACGGAAUCAACGAUGCUUUAGACAUCAUGGAGGACAUCUCCCGCAACUUUGUCAACAAGGAGCGCCUAACGGCUCAGUACAUCAUGGACAACUGUGAAGACAACCAGGAUGUGGGAUUCCAGGGUCCUGACCUCUACUGCAACAGGUUUGGCAAUGUGGUGGAGUCUGGUGAGAACACCUAUGUUAACCUGCUGACACGGCUGAGAAACGCAGCCACGGCCCUGAGAGCAGGUGGACGCGACAGGAAGCAGGUGGCGGUGCUGUUCGUUGACGACCAGUCCAUCCAGCUGAACAGGUUCGGUAUCCUGCGGGAAGCUCGAAACGCAGCUCAGUUGGACGGCCUUGACAUCGUGGUGAUUGACCUUGGUGUGAGGCAGUUCGUCAACUUCGUGCUGGGCUUGACCCCCGUACAGGAAAACUACGUCAACUACGUCACCCAGGGCGCCAAUCAGGCCGUCAGAAGAACCACGGAGCGAAUUUGCGCAUCCAUCAAGACCGCCUAGCCUCGCCUUGCUGACGUCAUGUGUGCUGCCAAUGGACCGGCCAGCACCAAAACACAUUUCCUCCAGACUUUAGGACUAAUUAUCGCUGUAGAGUAUAAUACAUAUUAUAAUAAAUAUCACUUUGUUCUAAAUAAAAUUUUCUUCUCAUGAGUU